AUUGAGACGAGAAGCAGAGAUCGCGACGUUACGUAACCGCCAUUUUGUUUCACCGGGAGUAGAGAAACCAACCUGGAAACAGCCGGCGUGAAUAUUUUUUCCUAUUUGAAGCAACAUCAACACGGCGGAUUAGCGUCGUGCACCCAAGUUUAGCGUUGCACGAUAUCUGGAAACAUGGCCACGGAUCAUGUGAACGGGAACGGCACGGAGGAACCGAUGGACACUACAGCAGCAGAGAGCCACUCAGAACAUUUCGAGGCUUUAUUGGAAGCUGGUUUGCCCCAGAAAGUUGCGGAGAAGCUAGAUGAACUUUAUGUAGCAGGCCUCGUAGCACAUAGUGAUUUAGACGAAAGGGCUAUUGAAGCUUUAAAAGAAUUCAAUGAGGAUGGAGCCCUGCAAGUGUUGGUUCAGUUCAAAGAGAGUGAUCUGUCUCACGUGCAAAACAAAAGUGCCUUUCUCUGCGGGGUAAUGAAGACAUACAGGCAGAGGGAGAAACAAGGGACUAAAGUUUCAGAUUCCUCUAAAGGACCAGAUGAGGCUAAAAUCAAAGAACUCUUGGACAGAACAAACUACACACUUGAUGUAACAACAGGGCAGCGAAAAUAUGGAGGCCCUCCACCUGAGUCGGUGUACUCCGGUCCCCAACCCACAGUUGGAACAGAGAUAUUCGUAGGUAAGAUUCCCCGGGACUUGUUUGAAGACGAGCUGGUUCCUCUCUUCGAGAAGGCCGGGUCUAUCUGGGAUCUCAGGCUAAUGAUGGACCCGCUGAGCGGUCUGAACAGGGGUUAUGCCUUUGUCACGUUCUGCACUAAAGAAGCGGCCCAGGAGGCCGUGAAGCUGUGUAAUAAUCAUGAGAUCCGCCCUGGCAAGCACAUUGGCGUGUGUAUAUCUGUAGCCAACAACAGGUUAUUUGUUGGCUCCAUUCCCAAGAGUAAAACAAAGGAGCAAAUUGUUGAAGAGUUUGCUAAAGUCACAGAGGGCCUCAGUGAUGUCAUACUGUACCACCAACCCGACGACAAAAAGAAGAACAGAGGCUUCUGCUUCCUGGAGUAUGAAGACCACAAAACGGCUGCUCAGGCCCGGCGCCGGCUGAUGAGCGGCAAGGUAAAGGUGUGGGGCAACGUGGUGACGGUAGAGUGGGCCGAUCCCAUCGAAGACCCCGACCCAGAGGUCAUGGCCAAGGUAAAGGUUCUGUUUGUAAGGAACCUGGCCAAUGGUGUGACAGAGGAGAUCCUUGAGACAUCCUUCAGUGAGUUUGGGAAACUGGAGCGAGUUAAGAAGCUCAAAGAUUACGCCUUCAUUCACUUUGAAGAGCGGGACGGUGCAGUGAAGGCCCUGGAAGAAAUGAACGGCAGGGAGCUGGAGGGAGAGCCCAUUGAGAUUGUUUUUGCGAAACCCCCUGACCAGAAAAGGAAAGAGCGCAAAGCCCAGAGACAAGCCGCUAAAACGCAGAUGUAUGACGACUAUUACUACUACCCUCCGCCUCCUCACAUGCCCCCCCCUGUAAGGGGGCGGGGCCGAGGUGGCAACAGGGGCGGCUACUCGUACCCCCCUGACUACUACGGUUACGAGGACUACUACGACUACUACGGCUACGACUAUCACAACUACCGCGGCGGCUACGACGACCCCUACUACGGCUACGAAGACUUCCAGUCUCCGGGCCGGGGGCGGGGCGGCAGCCGGGGGGCCCGCGGAGGGAGCUCUCCAGCCAGAGGCCGUGGCGGCGCCGGGGCGCCCAGGGGAAGGGCCAACUUCUCCCAGCGCGGUGGGCCCGGACCAGGCCGCGGCGGGCGGGGCGCGAGAGGAGGCGUGCAGCCCAGAGGGCGAGGAGGGGUACGUGGUGCGCGGGGUGGCCGCGGUGGAAAUGUAGGAGGAAAGCGCAAAGCUGACGGGUACAACCAGCCAGAUUCCAAGCGUCGCCAGACCAAUAAUCAGAACUGGGGCUCUCAACCCAUUGCUCAGCAACCGCUCCAAGGUGGUGAUCAUUCUGGUAACUAUUCCGGUUACAAAUCUGACAACCAGGAAUUUUAUCAGGAUUCUUUUGGGCAACAGUGGAAGUAACCAGUAGGGCUUUGAUAUAAAAACCCCAUCUUUGUUCAUCUUUUUAUUUAGAGACUUGAUCUGAUUGGCCCUCAAUCUCUAACGGUUGCCUGCGUUUUUUCCUCAAAAUUGGUGACAUCUGGCAAGAUCUCUUUUUGUACAUAUUUUAAUAAUCGCUUGGACUCGCAGUAGUCACACUCCCACCUGUCUCUGGCGAACUGGUUUUUCCUUUUUCCCUUUGUUUGGUGUUUUUUAAAGAUGGUCGUCAAAAAACUUCCAUAAAGUUUGAAAAAAUUUUUAGAUGCAAAUAUGUGCUCGAGCUGUCUAUUUGGCUAUAGCUUUAUGUAUGUUUUUAGAGAUUCUGGUUUCCAUGUUUUAAGUAGCUAACAGCACAAAGCAUAUGUCUCCUAAAGCUGUAUUUAAAAUCCAAUGAAACUACAAUUUGUAUUGUCACAAAGUAAUGCGUGUGUUGUUAUUGAAGAGAAAAGGACCAUCUAGUCCUACUUUUGGCUUUACAUUUUGGCUUGUAUUCUUUGCUGUUUGUCUGCUUUAAUAAACAUACACGCACACGUGUACAAAACUUCAAAUUGUGUUGCAAAUUCAUGUUUCGGCAAAUUCUCUCUUCAAAUUGCCUUCAAAAUUUAAGGCUCCUUGUGGAAGCAAAUGGACUUAAAGGUUUGCCAAUGUUGGCCACAUGCUACAGUGUCACCUUGCAUGCCAUCAAAUUCCAAACCACCUACUUCUAUAGUGCUCUGUAUGUGUAGUGACAUACUUCAUCCUUAUAAGUUCCUCUCAUGUCCAGAAACAUGACGUUUCAUGAAUUGGUGUCAAUGUCAGCGCAGUUAAACGCGCCUCAUGCGAGAGGGGGAGGAGGAUGAAAGCACAAUUUGACUUCUUACUCUCAGACAGAAGCUUUUCCUUGUCCCAGAAGGAUCUGUUGUAGCUGUUGAAGGCCUGGAUACUAAUAUUGCAUGUUUAUCUGGAGUUUGUGGGAGACAGCUGCCUUGCAUGACUCGCUUGUAGUGUUUGGUUGAUUUGGUGACCUUGCUUUUCUGGUUGCUAAUGGCUGCUCUAACCCGUUCCCUGCUGCCCGUCUGAGCCACGUCUCACCUGUCGCACCAAUCGAUUGACCGCUUGUCCACUUUGAGGCAUCGACAUGUGCAUGUCCCGUCAGAGCGCGUUAGUCUGGAGAAUGCUUUGUCUUCUGUACGUGAAGUCGUGUGUGGUUCUACUCAGUGUGUAGAUGUGAUGCUGUUUUCCAGUCUCUAAUUGCUUCCUUUUGUUACCUGACUAGCAGGGGAACGCGGUCGAGGCCGGACCUGACGUGCCGCUCUGAGGACUCGUCGUGGGAUGCGGUGGUACGGUCGCCUGACUGAGUCCAGUAGAGCUGCUGAAGCUGCCAACAGAUGACUUUCAGUUUAACCAAAUAUGCCAUUUGAGACCUGCUGAGUUUACGAUGGACAUUGUUCUGGGAAAGUCUUUGCACUUUUUUCUUUUGUGCUUUUUUUCUGUGAUUUUAAACUAGACCUUAGCGAUGGACUCCAUGUGGUAUCUGAUGAUCUUAGAAGUCACCGAGGGUUUAACUACCUCUGUUCUGUGCUGGAGGAGACCAUGGUCGGUUCUAGCUGGUCCACGUGGUUGAGCCCAAAUGACCCUUUACACAAGAACUGAGCGAAGUAGUUGAUGGACACACUUUAAAGCCUAGAAACCGUCGUCAUCUCGUCUUCCACGAUGAGGAAACUGUCCUAAUGCUUGUUUGUGUUGGUGCCAUCUGUUGUCAGGACGUUUUCAUUUUGUUUCUUACAAAGCUGCCCUUUUUUCUAAACAAGUUAUGGAACAACAAUAAGUUUAGGAAUCAUCUAAAUCUCCAAUGCAUCACACAAUCACUGUGGACGGAUUAUUGUUCCGUAUGCGGCAGUUUUUCUCUUGGUAAACUGGUGUUGGUUAUGUUGAUUUUUGUACAUAUUUUAUUGUAUUUUAAAAUGUAACGAAUUUAAAGGAACAAAUCCAAUCUGACACUGAAAAUAGGGGCAAAAUGAUCUGACACUUUGCUGCUGAAUCUAAACAACUCUAAAAUCUAAAAAAAAAUCACUAAAAUCUGUUUCAAACGGCACAGAAGUGAAACCCAGAUUAUCAUAACACCAGCUCAUGUCCACCUUAAACCUCCUUCGGGUGGUGAGAGGCAUUCUGAGACUUUACAGGUGUAACAGUGUGAGAAUGGAUCUGUCCUGUAGCAUCUUUGGCUCUUUGUGACAGUUGCCAUCAAGCACAGUUUCUACAGUUUUUCCAUUUCACAUGUCAUUGUGCAGCUUGUCUCUUUUUGGGGGGGGGGUUCUUGUCAUGCUAUCAUCUACUCUGUUGGGUUCCCAAUUUCAAUAGUCAGGAGUUUUUAUCUUUCUUUUUUUCUAAAAAGUUUUGCUUUUUUGCAAAUGAAAUGUUUUAUACUGUACAGUGAGCCGAGUUAAACCUAUUUUUCUAAUAAAGUUAUUGACACUGA